CGCCACGCAAGCCGAGUGGCGGUGUGAGGGAGCGGGGUGUCCCCGCUGGCUGUCCCCGCUGGCCUGCUGCCUUACAUGGGCAAACCUCGGCUUGGAAUUUCACCGCGUGACGUCACUGCCCACAAAACUCUCCCAGAAUUGAGGAUCAAGAAGUUUGGGCUGUUCCCCCCCCACAACCUCCCCCCCCCCCCCCCCCGAGGAUUCUGUCUGUCUCCCUGUCUUUUUUAUUUCAUCGAAAGCCCAAAAUAAAAAGGUGCCGCAUUGUGUCACAGCUGCCAUUGCAUUGUGUUAAACGUUUCGAAGCAUGUGGAACGCGGGCAACAGUGGCGAGAGCGGUCAGGUGGCCGCCAGGAUGGAGACCACACCGUCACCGGGCAGCGCCAGCAUCUCCGUGUCGCAGCAGCAGGCGCCCAAGAAGUUUGCCCCGGUGGUGGCGCCCAAGCCCAAGUUCAACCCGUACAAGCACCCCACUGACCCGGGUCUACCGGACCCUGCGGCCGAUUACCCUCCUCCGCCGCUGCCCGCCGCCGAUCCCAUCCGCCUGCCGUCGUCGUCAGCCGCUUCCUUCCCGCCGCCUCCGCCCGCCAACUCAUACGACUAUCAGACGAGAGGACCUGAGAAGACUUUGGAGGAGCGACGCUCCAGCUUGGACGCCGAGAUCGACUCUCUCACCAGCAUCCUGGCCGACUUGGAGAGCAGUUCGCCCUACAAGCCGCGAAACACGCAGACCCUUGGCCCUUCUUCGGUGUCCACCCCAAGUGCUCCAGUGACUGGUUACAAACGCAUGGUCAUCCCUAAUCAGCCGCCACUGACCGCCACCAAGAAGUCCACGCCCAAAGCCCAAGUCCCGAGCAGCGGCUCGUCGACGCUGCCGGCGAAGCUCCAGCCCGUGGCGGCGUCCUACACCACCGCCUCCACGCCCAGCCAGCCCACAUUCAAUGUCCAGGUACGGUCCGCCCAGCCCAGCCCCCAGCACCCAACAAGCGGCGGGCAGCACUUUGGUGGAGGCCAGCAGCCGGCUCGCAGCCCCACCCAGGUCCAGUACAUGCCGGCCCAGCCCAAAGGGCCCGACUUCGCCUACGGGCCGCCUCAGCCAGGGUUCUCCCCGGUUGGCCCGGGCGCUUAUCAGGACCAGCAGGCCUACAGGAGAACCGAGCCUCAACCCUACCAGGCGGCGGGCCCCAAGAAGACCUAUAUCACUGACGUGCCGCAGAGCUUGGACCCCUACACUUCUGGACCAACCAUCCCACCAAAGAGCGGCGGCGGCGGCCCCCCCGCAGCCCACCCGGAGGACGAGCUGGAGCGCCUGACCAAAAAGAUGCUCUUUGACAUGGACCACCCUCCAUCCGAGGAAUACUUUGGGCGCUGCGCCAGCUGCGGGGAGAACGUGGUGGGCGAGGGCACCGGCUGCACGGCCAUGGACCAGGUCUUCCACGUUGACUGUUUCGUGUGCAUGACCUGCAGCGGCAAGCUGCGCGGCAAACCCUUCUACGCGGUGGACAAGAAGGCCUACUGCGAGCCCUGCUACGUGAACACGCUGGAGACGUGCAGCAUGUGCAGCAAGCCCAUCAUGGAGCGCAUCUUGAGGGCCACGGGCAAGGCCUACCACCCUCACUGCUUCACCUGCGUGGUCUGCAAACGCAGUCUGGACGGCGUGCCCUUCACCGUCGACGCCUCCAACCACAUCCACUGCAUACACGACUUCCACAAAAAGUUUGCGCCGCGCUGCUGCGUGUGUUCUGAACCCAUCAUGCCCGCUCCCGGUCAGGAGGAGACGGUUCGCAUCGUGGCUCUGGACAGAGACUUCCACGUCCACUGUUACCGCUGUGAGGACUGCGGCUGUCUGCUGUCUGAGGGUGACAACCAGGGCUGCUACCCUCUGGAUGGACACGUCCUGUGCAAGAACUGUAACACGGGACGCAUCCAGGCGCUCUCCGCCAAGGCCACCACUGACCUCUGAACAAGCGACCAAUCGUUACACGUUCUUUUCGUGCUUGCUUAGCUCUUCUUCCUUCCGACUCGGUCACACGGACGCUUUUCCUUGCGCGCUUCGAUAAACAUUUAUACUAACCGUGUUGUUGUACGAUUAGCAUCACAGGAUAUUAUGGUUAGCCUAGCUUUGCAUGAAGAUUGCUGACUGUGAAAUAAAUUAAAUUUUGCUCACCAAGCUAGCUACCCAAUAUUUUCUCACUAGAAACUCAAAUUAUAGUAUUACACUAAAUAUACCUGAGAGCGUGUUACCCUCGUAACAGUUAGCCUAGCUUAGCAUAAAGACAGCUAACUGAUAAACCUGGGACUCCCAGGUGUAUGACAACCCAAGAUCAUGAUAGAAGCUACAGUAAGCCUAGCUAAGCAUAAAGAAAGGAUGCCAUCUUACUAUGGAAGCAUUUUGCUGGAAUAAUCUUUCUAGUCUUUAUCGCCUUAUGCUAAAAUGGUUAAUCCGUGACUAGCUGUGGGUAUUUUCAUAGAUCGGGAUUGAAGCUAUCAUUAUUCUAUUUUAGCAUCAAAACAACUUAACUGGGAUAAAGCGCUCGUAGUGACUCCCAAGUUAGCGCUGUAUGCUCAACCUAGGCUAAUCAGAAAUGUACCUUAGAUAUAUGUUCAAAGCUACAGUUAGACUACCUUAGCAUAAAGACAACUAACUGGGAGGAAGAUGUUGUUUGACUCCCAAUUGUACUACACACUAGCGAAUUCUUAGCAUUCUCGCCUUCAUGAUAAGCUAGGCUAAUCAGAAAGGUACCUUCGUGAUGUGUUUGAAGCUACAGUUGGCCUAAAUUCACAUGCAGAUUGUUAACUGGGAGAGCAUUAGAUUAUGACUCCCUUGUGUACAACAUGCUAGGAAAUCAUCAUUCCCCAUCUUUAUGCUAAACUAGGCUAAUCAGCCACUAGCCAUCCACAUUUUAGCCAUUUGUGACCAAACAUUUUCUUUAUAGCUUUUACCGAUCAAAAUCAUGCUUACAUUCCGCGAACAUAGCCUUGUGUUUUAGCGUUAGCGCCUCUUUAGGAACUAUUAUUACUCCUAUGCAGAAAAACAUAUGCAACUUUAUCUAUGUAUUUUCAGAAAUUCCGCUACUAACAUGGCUCAUGUCAAACGCAUGGACACUUUAUCAGAAUUUCUAUGGGUUAAGGAUUUAUUUUUUUUCGUGUAAAGAGCAGAGCAUCCUCAUCGCAAUCUUUGCGUCAGGCUAAUGCCGUCGGUACGCCACCUCUUUGUGCGACCAACCACAUGUGCUUUUAUCUGUAUUUUGCCCGACUUAUCGUCUCCAGCCUUGAUGGUAAACAAGUCUAAUCAGAGGGCAAUUUCUUACAUAGUGAUAGAAGCUAUAAGUAGCCUAACUUAGCAUGAAAAUAGCUUACCGAGAGAUAGUUCUAGUUUGAUUCCCAAGUGUACGACACGCUUGCAGAUUCUUAGCCCCAUUAGGCUAAGCUAGGCUAACAUGCAAAUAGCUGCAGAAAUUUCACGUGUACGACACACUUGCAGAAUGUAAUUUAAAGCAAUUUUGAAGCUGCAGUUAAUAAAAACAUUCACCUGAGCAAGUUCCCAAGUGAACGACACAUUUACUCAUUGUUUCUCGCCGUUUUGCUUAGCAAGGCAUAUCAGCACCUUACAGUGGACAUUUUCGUGAUUGUAAUAGAUGCUAAAGUUAGCCUAGCUUAGAGUAAAAAAAAAAAUGAGAGUUUUAGUUUGGGGAAAAAAAAUAUAAUUUUUGAUUCUCAAGUGUACGACACGCUCGCAGAUUAUCAUUUCCCGCUAUUAUGCUAUGCUACUCCAAACAUACGACGCUAGCACUAAAUGGUUAGCAAAUAAUAAACGACGUAAAGCCAUUUUAUUUUUUAAAAAAAUAACAAAUGAUGUUAUUUUAAUGUGUUGUGCUGUUUAGCUUGCUGUCUUUUUGUUUACAAAAUGUGCCUUUGCCCCUUUGUGAUCUAUGUAAACAAACAAGAUGGUCGGCUGACACGCAAGCAUAAUGUUUUUGAUUUUUUUUUUUUCUUUCUUUAAUAAAAAAAAUUCCAACUGCA